ACUAAUUUUAAUUGUUAAUACAAACCUUAACUACAUAGAUCUAACUAAUCAUUCGUGGAACUAGUUGGUUGCAAGCUGUCAGCUAGCGGCUUGGUCAACCGUUCAAUCUGACACUGACAGUUUGCAGCACUUAGGCUAGCUAGCUAGUGCUAGCUACUGCAGCUACCGUACCGGCUGUAGCCUAGCUAAGUUAUGCAGCAAACUAGCUAACGUAGCUUGUGAGUGGAGAAAGCAGGCAAACACCGGUGUGACUGACACACUGGAGAGAGCUGUGCUCCGGAGAGUAGACUAGAUAAUGCUCAGACAUGGUGCCGUCCCAGACCCAUGUCAUGUUGAAGUGGCAGGAGCACCUGAACAGCUCCUGGGCUGCGGAGGACAGCAUCCAGACCUCCACGCGGCAAGGCGCCGCCGGCCUCUACGCCAAGCUGCUCCACAACAAGGAGGUGGUGGGCCUGUCCGAGCCCGUCCAGGACCUCGUCGGGCCUCGCCUGCCUGAUUUCCAGUACGAGUCCAACGCCGAGGAGGAGAGGGAGGAGUACCUGGGCGCCCUGCUCCACAGCCAGCGCUGCCUGGCCGUGAGGAUGCUGGCCCAGACCCCCUACGCCCUGGGCCUGCACCAGAGGCUGGUGGUUCUCCAGAGGAUCUACGACGCCCUCCACAGCAAGUACCACGACCGCUUCAGGUCCCCGCCGCCUCCGCAGGCCACGGCCAGCGCCGAGAGCGCCGCCCUGGAGCCCGUGUCCGAGCCCUGGCUACCCGGGGGGGCGUCCCGGCCCAAGUCGGGCACGGAUGUUUUGAUAGAGAUGGGCGUGCGGACGGGGCUCAGCCUCCUGUUCGCCCUGCUGCAGCAGAACUGGCGCUACGCCCAGCAGGAGCCCGGGGCGGCGCUGUGCAACGACGUGCUGGCCACCGCCUCCUCCGUCCUGGCCUCGCUGCCGCCGCUCUCCCUGGCCAACGAGAACAAGAUCCCAGCCGUCGGGCUGGACUGCUUGGUGCAGGUGGCGGACUUCCUGAAGAAGACCUCGGUGAGCUGUGGCAGCGGCGGGGCCGACCAGGCGGGACGCAGGCUGGCUCUGGAGCUGCUGCUGGGCCUGGCGGUGCAGAGGGGGUCUCUGCGCUUCCUGCUGGAGUGGGUGGAGGUGGCCCUGGCCACGUCCUCCUCCUCCCCGUCCUCCUCGUCCUCAGGGUCUCCGCAGUCCAAGUGGGAAGCGGGAGUGGGCUACGACCUCAUCCAUCAGACCCUCCUCCAGAUGAGGCAGUACUCGGGCUUCCGGGGUGACUCGCUCAACACUCAGGUGCUGAAGAAGGAUGCGGACGGCCUCUGCAGUCUCUCCCACGUGGCCCUCUGCCUGUUUGAAGAGAUCUGCAACCUGGCCUCCAGCUGCCUGUGCUCCUGCAGCGCGGGCACGGCCGCGCCCGGCACGGACAGCGACGCGGUCAUGGUGUACGUGUGGGGCAGCAACAGCAGCCACCAGCUGGCCGAGGGCACGCUGGAGAAGAUCCUGCACCCCAAGCUGGCGCAGGGCUUCAGCGAUGCCCAGAUGAUCGAAGCAGGCCAGUACUGCACGUUCUCCGUGUCGGCUGACGGCUCGGUGAAGGCCUGCGGGAAGGGCAGCUACGGCCGCCUAGGCCUGGGCGACUCCAACAACCAGUCCAUGCCCAAGAAGCUGGUGCUGGAGCCCCCGCGCAGCAUGAGGAAGGUGUCCUCAUCCAAGGGCUCCGACGGCCACACCCUGGCUGUGACGGGGGAGGGGGAGGUGUUCAGCUGGGGGGACGGCGACUACGGCAAGCUGGGCCACGGGAACAGCGCCACGCAGAAAUACCCCAAGAUAAUACAGGGACCCCUGCUGGGCAAGGUGGUGGUGUGUGUGUCUGCUGGCUACAGACACAGUGCCGCGGUAACAAAUGAUGGAGAACUCUACACGUGGGGAGAAGGGGACUUUGGCAGGCUGGGCCACAGCGACAGCCACAGCCGGAACGUGCCGACGCUGGUCAAGGACAUCAGCGGCGUGGGCCAGGCGGCCUGCGGGAGCUCCCACACGGUUGCCGUGGCGCAGGACGGACGCAUCGUCUGGUCCUUUGGAGGAGGAGACAACGGUAAACUAGGGCACGGAGAUACCAGCCGUGUUUAUCGGCCCAAGGUGGUGGAAGCGCUGCAUGGAUUCAUCAUUAGAAAAGUGUGUGCCGGGAGCCAGUCUUCGCUGGCUCUGACCUCUGCUGGACAGGUGUUUGCGUGGGGCUGUGGCUCGUGUCUGGGCUGUGGCUCCUCCGAGACGAUCUCUCUACGGCCAAGGUUCAUCGAGGAGCUAAGUGUCACCAAGAUCAUCGACAUCUCUUGUGGAGACAGCCACUGUCUUGCCCUGUCGCAUGAGAACGAGGUUUAUGCCUGGGGCAACAACGCCAUGGGCCAGUGUGGGCAGGGCCACACCUCCACGCCUGUCACCAAGCCCAAGAAGGUGAUUGGUCUAGAGGGAGUGUCCAUCCAGCAAAUCACGGCAGGCACCUCCCACAGUCUGGCCUGGACUGCAGUGCCGACAGACAGGCAGCUGGUGGCGUGGCACAGGCCCUUCUGUGUGGACCUGGAGGAGAGCACCUUCACCUACCUCCGCAGCUUCCUGGAGCGCUACUGCGACGGCAUCGGGGACGAGACACCCCCUGCCCCCUUUCCCUCUAAGAGGGAACACCACCAGUUUGUCCUGCUGUGUAUGAAGCUGCUGUCCAUCCACCUGUCCCUGGCCCAUGCGGGGGGGACGGGGGCGUCGGUCCUGGGGGCUCAGGGGAGGCCCCUCCGGAACCUUCUUUUCAGGCUCAUAGACUCCAAUGUGCCAGACUCUAUACAACAGGCGGUCAUGAACACUCUGUCCAUCGGCGCGUCCCUGUUGCUGCCCCCCCUCAGGGAGAGGACGGAGCUGCUGCACUCCCUCCUGCCCCAGGGCCCCGAGAGCUGGGAGAGUCUCUCCAGAGGACAGCGUCUACAGCUGGACAUGGUGCUGAACAGCCUCCAGGAGCAGUCCCAUGUGGCCUCCCUCCUGGGGUACAGCUGUCCCGGGGAGCUGACUGCUCAGGGGCCACCCGCAGCCCCCAGCCCGGACCACCCCGAGCGCCCUCCCUCCUCCUCCAGCGCCACGGAGGUCCAGGACCACCUCCACCUGGCGGAGGUGCUGCUCAAGACCCUGCUGCUCAGCAUCGGCUUCUACACGGAGCGGGCGUUCGGCGAGCUGGAGAAGAACAGUGAUAAGCAGCAGUCCAGCCAGACCCAGAAGCAGAGUGUUCCUCCCUCUCAUUUCCACCACCUGCUGUCAGCCCUGCACAAACACCUGCUGGCUCACUGCUACAUCUACCCCCACGCAGAGGACGACAGCAGCGUGACGUUGCUCCACAAGCACCUGUGUCUGCUGUUGCCCUAUGCCACGGAGACGUUCCACAGGUCGUCCGUCCUGCUGGAGGAGAGCUGCCUCGACAAGCACGUCAUCACCAAGCUGCACAUGGUGCUGUUCAGUUCGGUAGCGGGCAGCCUGCUGUGCCAGGUCAUGUACUCCCUGCUGCUGCUGCCCCUGGGCGUGGUGCGUCCGCUGCUCUGCCACCUGCUCACCCUGCUGGAGAACCUCAACCACUUCAACUGUCUGCUCCCUGACACGGGCCUGCUGGAGGACAAGGAGCUGGAACUGGAAGGAGCAGCCUCAGUUGUGUCAGAUAAAUCAGUGGGCGCGGGGCCUGAUGCUGGAACUAAAGAUGACGGGUGGGUGUGGCUUCUGGACUUGGAGCGAUCUGUGGCGCUGGCGAUUGGUCGUUGCCUGGGUGGGAUGCUGCAGGGUCCGCCUCCGUCGGUACAGGAGAGGAUCUCCGAGUUCUGGCUUUGUAACCCCCUCCUGACCAAUGGUCUGGAGAUGGACUUUGAACAGCUAGACUCCAGCACAGCCUGGCUAUCCGAGGCUGUGUUACUGGGCUGCUCUGACGCCAAGCUGACAGACCUGUUUCUGAACCAAGAGAACAGCCAGCUGAUGGAGCUGGCUCUGGGCUCCUCACGGGAGCCUGCCUGCAGCCUAUGGAGGAAGAUGAAGGACUACUCCGCCAGCAGGGACUGGGAGAGCGGCCUGACAGGCGACCCCCUGCUGGAGACCACGUGCCGCUGCAGCCUGGCCGCCCUCCUCAAACACACAGGCCUUCAGGACGAAGCCUACUGGCAGGACAAGUAUGAACCGUGUGAGAUGCUGAUAGAGAUCUAUGAGAUGGUGUAUAAGAUCAGGAACACGCUGCUGGCCCUCAAAGAUUUGCCGGUGACGUCCGCCAGCACUCAGGCCGCAACCAAACAGAGCUCGCAGGGCUCCCAGAGUCCCGACGAGGACGGGCAGGAGGCGGGCACCUCCGGGGAGCAGGCAGGAAAAGACCCCGAGCUCUGCGGCCGAGGGGGACAUUCUGCCCCCGCAGCCGAACACAACCAGGAGGAGGGGCCGGAGGAGGACACGCCCAGCAUCAGCAGUAUGUACCUGCCGGAGGUCCUGCAGUGUUUCCUGGCCACGCGGGAGGCCAUGCAGCUGCAGCAGAACGAGACGGUCUACGAGUCGUCAGGGACCUCCACUCUCCCCAGCAGCGCCGAGAGCCCCGGCAGCCCAGAGAGGGAGCCUGUCAGCAGGGCGUGGGACAGGCGGGCGGGGGCCGAGGAGGGCCUGUCGUUCCCCACGUCCUGCCAGCUGGUGGUCUCCCGCUGCGUCUUCCUGCUCCUGGGAGUGCGCCCCGCGUGGCAGGAGCCUCAAGAGGCGGACAGUGGGACGGUCGAGAACGCAGGAUCCAGGGAAUCCUCGUCCUCCACUGAGGCUGUGCUCAGUUCAAAGUCCUCAGAACUCCGCUUCACCACGGAAAGUAGAAAACAGACAACAGACCAGUCCAGAAACUCUACGGCGUCUUCCAAGAAUAAAAUGGGUCUGCCUCUGUGCUCCCUGGGCAUCAUGAAGGACGCCUGGGAGCGCCUGCGCCAGUGCAUCAGCCCCACCACCUCCACCACGUGUCAGGGGGCCUCGGGCGGCUCGCCGGUCCUUAGCCAGGUCUUCCACUUCCUGUGCGAUGGCCUGCUGGAAAGGGAGGAGGGCUGCCAGGCCAACCCCAGUGCCAUCACCCUCGCCAUGGCUCAGCAGCAACAGAGGGCUGAGAUGCGUCUGGAGGCCAUGUGCCAGAUCUCCUCCUUCCUGGCGGAGAUGGAGGAGAAGAGCAGCGGCUCGACGGCGCCCCCUGGCUUCCCUGGCCUGCUGCAGUCGGUGCAGCUGCAGUUCCUCUCUGGCUGCUUCGGCCUGGCCUCGCCCAUCACCCGCUGUCUGCUCGGAGCCAAUGACAAGAUGCAGCACUACACUUCCGGCACCCGCUCAGCCUCCAUGGCGGCCCAGAGGGAGCUGCAGGCGGCGGCGCACACCCUCUACCAGCAGGUGGUGCGCGUCCUCAGACAGAAGGUCCUCCUGGACAAGCAACAGACAGGGUCCUCCCAGCACCUGCUGCUGGCGACGGUGUUUGUUUUGAACCUGAACUACCAGCCCGUGGACCUGGUGGUGGUCAUCAACUGCGGCAUCCUGGAGAUCCUGUCCGCUCUGACCAACAACACGUGCGUGCUGAUGAACCAGCGCUGGCUGGCCGCCUCUGUUUCGGGCCACCUGCUGCUGAGCGGCGCGGUGAAGCUGGCGUGCGCUCGCCUGCUCCAGAUACUGGCUAUGGCCGCCAGCUCCUGUGAAGAGGCGCUGCCUGUGGACGUGUCCCAGUCUCUGAUGGACGUGAUGUGCGACCAUCUGCAGAGUCUCCUGCACUCUGUCCAGCUGCAGCAGGACUCAGAGACGGGCGCGGGCCAGGAGGCAGAGGUGGACAGCGGGGCCAGAAGGCCCCGGGCUAAAGGGACUGAGGUGGCAAGGAGCAGUCGCAUCAUUGAGUCUCAGCUCGCUGACUUCCUGGUGUUUCUGCGGCGUAUCUUGUCGCUGCGCGUGACCAAGAGGAUCUCCGCCUUCGUCAAGUGGAUCGAUCCACUAAUGAGUAUUAUCUCCCACAAGUGCACUUUGGGUUCGCCACAGAAUCUCCGAACCAAACUACUUGCAUUCCACAUAUUGGAAGGCCUGUUACCUGGGUGUUCUGACUCGGCACAGAUUCAGCAGAUUGUUGAUCAACUGUUUGGGCUGCUAUCUGCCUAUAUGUGGGAGGAGUCGUUAGCCACAAAGAAGAAUCAAGAAAAGACAUCUGAGAGCCAUAUCAAGGAGGCCGUCAGCGACGAUGAAUGUAUCCCUAUUGGAGAUUUCUCCUUGGACCCCUACAAGCUGAUAUGCUGUUCCCUGGAGAGUGGGAACAUCCUCUCCCACGGCUCGGGAGGGAAAGGUUACGGCCUGGCCACCACCGCCAUCACUUCAGGCUGCUUCCUCUGGAAGUUCUACAUCACCAAGGAGAACAAGGGCAACGAGGGCACUUGCAUCGGUGUGUCGCGCUGGCCUAUCCGAGACUACAACCACCGCACCACCACAGACAUGUGGCUGUACCGGGCGUACAGCGGCAGCCUGUACCACGGUGGGGAGCUGGGCCGGGCCCUGCCCUCCUUCACCCAGGGAGACACCAUCACCUGUAUCCUGGACAUGGAGGCCAGGACCAUCUCCUUUGCCAAGAACAACAAGGAGCCCAAGCUGGCCUUUGAGGGUGUGGAUGCGACAGAGCUGUACCCCUGUGUCCUGUUCUACAGCAGUAACCCUGGAGAGAAAGUGGCCCUGCGAGACCUGCAGAUGCGAGGCAUGCCCAGCGACCUGCUCCCUGGGGAGCCCCUGUGCAGCCCCAGGGCCACCGUGCUCCUGGAGGCCACCGUCCAGCUGCUCCGCAGGCUGCACCCCUGCGCCCCCUGGACGCCCCACCUCAACCAGCACAUGCAGGCCCGUCUGGAGCUCAUUGGCCCACUGAUGAGGGACGCCCGCCUGGCCAGCGCCACGCAAGAGGACAGGGAGAGGGAGCAGGCCCUUGGGGAAGAUGGAGGGUCAGAGGUGGUGGUGGGUCCCUCCAGCCUGUCUGAGGAGCAGCUGGGCGCCCUGUGCGUGGAGGUGUGGCCGGCGCUGGCCGUGAUCGGAGGGGUGGACAGCGGGCUCCGGGCGGGGGGGGUGUGCCUGCACAAACCCAGCGGCCGUCGAGCCACCCUGCUGGGGGUGCUGAAGGAGGGAAGCCCCCUGGCUAAGCUCCAGUGGGAGGACGCUGAUCUCUCUGUCAGCGACACGCCGCUCUCUUCCCUGGAGCCCUGUGGCGCGCCCCAGUGUGACGUCACCAGACUCAUGGAGCUCAAGCCCUCCGUCCUGCUGGACCUGAUCCUCCUGACCGGCCUGCUGGAGGAGCGGGAUGGGAGCCAGGGUCGCCCCCCUCCUCCUCCUCCUCCUCGCCCCCCCGGGGGGAGGAGCUACUCCGAGGAUGAGAGCGUCCCCCGCGGCGAGCUGGAACGGCGCCUGGACGAGGACAUGGCCCGCGUGAUGUCCGCCGACGGAGGAGGAGGAGGAGGGGGGGGGGCGGCCGAGGAGGGGUGCGAGCAGAGGGCGGAGAGGGACAAGACGGACCCUUCCUCUCCCCCUCCCCCUCCCUCCCCCAAAGCCACCAGUGAACCGGGUGAUGAGCAGGAGAUCCUCGCCUGCGCCCCCCCGCCUCCCCAGGCCGUCCAGCUGGCCAAGCCGGACGUCUUCUCCCUGGAGCUGAGAGCUGUCCGGGUGUCCUACCUCCUCCUGGGGGCCCUGAAGUCCCUGGCCGCCAUCCUCAGCUGCGGCAGGUUCACCGACCAGCUCCUGGUGGCUCAGCACGACCCGGCGUCCGCCGGGCCCAGAAGCCCCGACAAGGCCAAGGAGGACGGCGCCGAGCUGAAGUCCGUCCUGCAGUUUGUGGUGCGCAGCAUGGUGAAGUGGGCCGUCCGGCCUUGCCCUAUCAGGCAGAGCGUGUCGCUGGCAGAUCUGGAGAGAGCUCAGAUCAUGAUCUACAAGGGAGCGCUGAACAGGUCACAAGACAAAGGAAGCAAAGACCGGAAAGAGUCGGGCCCCCGCUCCUCCUCCCAGCCCGUGUCCAAGUCCUCCAGCUCCGUGUCCCUCUACAGCACGGGCUCCGAGGGCACGGCCGUCUUCGGCCAGUCCAACGGCGCCUCGGCCUCCUCCUCCACCAACGACCUGGCCGCCUCCCUGCUCACGGCGCUGCAGGCCGACAGCCUGGACAACUUUAACCCCUUCCUUCCCAUCAACCUCCUGCAGCGGAUGGUGCUAGCACGGUUCCCCACGCUGGCCGGCCUGGUCCAUAGCCCCCCUAUGCUGCACCCAGGCUUCAGCCUGGCCAGCUCGGCCUCCUGUGAGGCCUUCACAGAGCAGCAGACCAGCUUCCUGGAGCCGGGCCACAGUAGCACGCAGGCCAGGAGCGGCGUGGAACGACCUCAAAUGUUUGUCCCAGUGCGCUUGCUAGAAAUGGGCUUCUCAAUGAGGCACAUCUACAGGGCCAUGGAGGCAGCAGGGGUCUCGGGCGAGGUGGACUCCCGCACCAUCGAGGUGUUGGCCAGUUGGAUGCUGGAGCACCCCCUGGUGGAGGAGCAGCUGACAGAUGAAGGCCCACCCCCGGGAGCCCCCACUGACACCCCCUCCCCCGAUGGACCAGAGACUGUGCAGUGUCCUGAGGGGCCCAGCAGUGAACCCAGCGAGAGUCUGCUGGCAGGCCUAGACUUGGUGGAGCGAGAGAACUUCCUGGAUGUCCACCUGACUAGGAACAGGCCUCCCCCAGCCCGGCGCCAGCGCCACCCCACGUCAGGCCUGGGACAGAGGACCUCUUUCAGGAGAGCAGACUCUCCAUCGCCCAACCCCAUCCCUCCCUUGUACAGGCAGGACCCAGGAGGUUCAAACUGGCCGGAACAGGCGGAGACGCACCCCUACGCGGCAGAGGAGGAGUCGGAGCUCGGCUACAUGGAUGACCCGUACCACGAGGAGCCCUACGAGGAGCUGCUGACCCCGGAGUUCAUCAGCUCAGAGAGGGACACCCUCUGGAUGGUGGAGGGUGGGGAGGAGCACCACGAGCACCAUGAGAUGGUGGAGUGUGAGCUGUGCAGCACCCUCACCCUGCAGUUCAACACCCACAUGAAGCGCAACCACCCGGGCUGCGGGCAGAGCGCCGGGCGGCGGGGCUACCGCAGCACGGGGGCCUACGUGGACGGCUGGUUCGGGGGCGAAUGCGGCUCCGGCAGCCCGUACUACCUGCUGUGCAGCACCUGCAGGGACAAGUAUCUCGCCGCCAACCUGGGAGAGCUGGGCUCCAAGCACGACAGGAUGAAAGGCCACGCCUCGGAUCUGAUUGGUCGUUUGGACAGUACCUCAGACGACGACUGGGAGCUGGGUCAGCAGGGUGACUGCGACGCUGAGCGCCUCACAGGCCUGGAGGACUUCGGCCUGCUCCUCAGCCCCCUGGGCCUGAGUGAGAAGAGGAUGGUCCCUGAUCCCAUCUCCUUCUCCGAGGCCGACCCCCUGGGAGCCAUGGUCAACACCACCAGCAACACUGAGAGGGCCCUGGUCCACAAAGGGGCGGCCAGUGCUGAGCAGAAGGGCCCCCUCAGUCUGGGGGAACAGGCCUCCUUGCUACGAGACCCCCAGGACAGACUGCAGGCUUUGAGGCGGGUCACGUCCACAGCCCAGAUCCUGCUGGCCUACAGCAUGGUGAUGAGGGCUCUCUCCCAGACCUCCUCCAGUGCCUCAGAGAGUAGCCAGUCGAGCGGCCUGGAGGCCCUGGGCCUGGCCGACAUCCGUGUCCUGGUGCGCCUCAUGUGCUUGGCGGCGGCCGGCCGGGUCCACACGGGGGCGGAGCAGCAGGGGGCGGGCAGGGGGGCCAGCAGCGAGGGCAGCAGCUCAGCCUUCCUCAGCUUCCUCAGCUCAGCCAUCGGCAGCCUGGUCUCCCACAGCGCCUGUGCCUACAGGGAGCUGGUGGACAUCUGCACACAGGACCUUAUUGCAGCGGCCACAGGGAUGAACCUGGGGGCCAUUAGUGACCCUCAGCAGAGGGCUCGUCUCAAGGGGGGGUCCCAACAGCAGCAGCGAGACUACAGGGAUCUGACCUUGGCCAUGACCCCCCCCAACUUCCUGGUCACCCAGAGCCUCGUGUGUCUGCUCACAGAGAAGGGCGUCCGCUACCGCUACAGCGGGGAGAGGAUGGAACAGGAGAUCAAAGACGCGGGAAGUCCAGGACCUUCCGUGAGCGCAGCUUCUCCUCCCCCCCCGGCCGGGGCGAGGGUGGGGCCCCUGGAGCUGGCCAACGCCCUGGCAGCCUGCGCCCUGUCCGCCAGGCUGACCAGCAAGCAUCGUCAGUGGGCGGCCCAGCAGCUGGUCCAGGCCCUGGCCGCGUCCGAGAGGGACAACCCCCCACGUCCCCAGACCUACAGCGACAUGGCCGGCGACCUGCGCAAAUGUCCACUCAAAAAGUUGGAGGGACACCAUGGCAGGGUCACCAGCUGCAUGUGGAGCAAGGAGCAGGGCGUGCUGGCCACGGGCGCUCAGGACGGGGCCGUGCGGCUGUGGGACGUCAGCCAGCACAGCACAGACCUGCUGCGCACGCUCUCCUGCAGCAGCAGCGAGGACAGACAGAGGUCAGAGAGAGCGGGCGGGGCCCACCUGGUUUCGCCCGUGUACUGGAGCGCGGGGGGAACCCUUCUCGCCGCCUUCCACAACAAACUCAUCAACAUCUGGGCCAUUAGCGGAACUGAGGGUCACGUGGAGAACCAGGCGUCCUGGGUGACGGCCCUGGGCUGGGUGCAGACCUCCAGCCCCUUCCCUGGACAGGCGGGCGUCUGCCCCGACAGCCCAGCAGAGAGCCUGCUGGUGGGCCGGCUGGACGGCUCCCUCUGCUGGCUGCAGGUGUCACCGCAGGACCUCCACACCGACAGCACCGAGCUGACCCUUUGUCACAGGAAAGAAGCCCCUCAAUGUGUGGCUUGGCACAGUGUGGACAAGCCCUUUGCAGUGGGCUAUCCCGACGGCAAGAUCCUAUUGGCCUCCGCUGGAUCCUACGAAACUGAUCAGCCCCUACUGCUCUCGGCCUUCCCCGAGUGUGUCAGCUCCCUGAGGUGGGACCCUACAGGCCACCUGCUGCUGUCCACCGGCCGCUCGGAGGUGGUGAAGAUCUGGGGGCGCACGGGGGGCUCCUGGACCACCCUGCACUCCCUCUUCCACACGGGCACGGUCAACGUGGUGGAGUGGAGCCUGCUAGCGGGCAGAGGGCCCGAGCCCCGGCUCAUGAUGGCAGCGGGUUGCCAGAAUGGGCUCCUGUAUGUCUGGACAUUGCCUCAAGGGGGCACUAGCGUAUCAGUUCCCAACUUCCUCAGCGGUUCGUCCAGCCAGGAGAAGAGUGUCGUCAAGCGGGGCAGUACAAAGUGUGUGUUCAGACUGAGCGGGCACAUCACAGCAGUGAAGACCCUCUCGUUCUGCCCCAGCGGGCUCGCCCUGGUAUCUGGAGGGAUCGGAGGGUUACUCAACAUCUGGUCUCUACAGGAUGGUUCAGUCCUUCAGACUGUGGUGACAGGCCUGGGCUCAGUGGUCAGUACCACCUGGAUACCAAAUGUAGGGGUGGCUGCCUGCUCCGGGAGGUCAAAGGAUGUUCUGUUGAUCCUUUGCAACACUGACUGGAUGUCCCAGAAUCACGUGCUGGCUUCCUGUCGCACUGUGCUGAGGACCCAGGGCAUCCUGGGGCUGAGCCGGGCCCCAUGCAUGGCCGUGUUCCUGGAGAGGCUCCCCGUCCUGCUGCAUGAACAGUACAGCUACGAGAGGAGCCAUGUGAUGGCCGGCGACCAGCUGGUCCACAGCCCCUUCCUCCAGAGCCUGGCCUCUCUGACAGUAGGGCUGUCUCUGGAGCAGCACUUGUGUCGCAGCCCCCGCCCCCCCCACCACGCCGGCCUGGACACGCACGCCUGUCCCCAGGAGUGGACGUGGCUCUCCACCUUCGCUACCACCGUGAAAACGGCGGAGGCCAUCGCAAGGGGGGUCGCAUUCCCACAGUCCUUCACUGUUCCCGAGUUCCAAGAAGCGGGGGCCACUGAGAUCUCCAAACCCUUGGACAACAGCAAGUGGAGUUUCAUGAUGGACGAACAGCUAAUGUCUUGGGCCACCACCAGACCUGAGGACUGGCAGCACGGCGGGAAGAGCGAGGUGUACCUCUGGGGGAACGGACGCCACGGGCAGCUGGCCGACGCGGGGACCAACCUCAUGGUGCCAACCCUCGCCCCCUCUCUGUCCCAGACACAACAGGUUGUGUGUGGGCAGAACUGCACCUUCCUGGUGCAGGCUAACGGGACGGUGCUGGCCGUAGGGGAGGGCAGCUACGGCAGACUGGGCCAGGGCAACUCUGACGACCUGUACGCCCCCACCAUCAUCUCCGCCCUGCAAGGCUACGUGGUGACCCAGCUGGUGACGUCGUGCGGUUCGGACGGCCACUCCCUGGCCCUCACAGAGACAGGGGAGGUGUUCAGCUGGGGGGAUGGCGAUUACGGCAAGCUGGGCCACGGGAACAGCGAGAGACAGCGUCGGCCCAAACACAUGGAGGCUCUGCAGGGGGAGGAGGUGGUGCAGCUGGCCUGUGGGUUCAAGCACUCUGCCGUGGUCACGGCCGAUGGCAAGCUGUUCACCUUCGGCAGCGGAGACUCCGGCCGCCUGGGUCAAAGGUCAACUUCCAACAAGAUGCUUCCUGAGAGGGUGGCAGCGCUGGAGGGCUACCACGUAGGACAGGUGUCAUGUGGUAUCAACCACACUCUUGUGCUGUCCUCUGACGGCAUGACUGUCUGGGCGUUCGGGGAUGGUGAUUAUGGCAAACUGGGCACUGGGCUCUGCACUGUCAAGUGUUACCCUCAGAAAGUGGAGCCUCUGUGUAACAAGGGAAUAAGGAAAGUUGGUUGUGGAACCCAGUUCUCGGUGGUCCUGGCCAAUGACGGACACGUGUACACCUUUGGGCAAGAGCGUUUGAUAGGCCUGCCAGACUCCAUGCUAAAGAACCACAACCGGCCCCAGCUGGUUCCAGCGCUGGAAGGGGUGUUUGUGGAGGACAUUGCAGUGGGCUGUGAGCACGUCCUGGCCCUCUCCUCCACUGGUGAUGUUUACGCCUGGGGCUGCAACUGUGAGGGUCAGUUGGGUCUGGGCCACUCCAACCCAGUGAAGGAGCCCACCCUGGCCACAGCUCUUCAGGGGAAGAACAUUCGACAGAUCUCCGCUGGCCGCUGCCACAGCUCAGCGUGGACCACGCCCUCCGCCAAGGCCUCAGGCGCCUCUCUCCAGCUGGGCCUGCCCCAGAGCAUCCCGCCUCAGUACAACGCUCUGAAGGACUGCAGCCCCAAGGUCCUCAACACGCGCCUCCGGGUCCUCUUCCACUUCUCCGACCUCAUGUACAAGUCCUGGAGACUGCUCAACCUGGAUCCACGCAACCAGCUGUCGUCAUCGCGCUACAGCUCGGGGACGGCAGCUAUCGUCCAGGGCCAGCUGAGGGGGCUCCUGUCCCCCAAGGUCAACACCCUGCCCCUGGUCCGCUCCAUCGGCAGGACCAUGACGCAGGGCAAGACCUACGGACCCCAGAUCACCGUCAAGAGGAUCUCCACCAGGGGCCGCUCCAGCAAGCCCAUCUUUGUGCAGAUCGCCAGGCAGGUGGUGAGCCUCAAUCCCCUGGAGCUGCGCCUGCCGUCCCGGGCCUGGAAGGUGAAGCUGGUGGGGGAGGGGGCCGACGACGCGGGCGGGGUGUUUGACGACACCAUCACCGAGAUGUGCCAGGAGUUGGAGUCGUGCGUGGUCGGCUUGCUCAUCCACACCCCCAACACCUCCACUGAUGUAGGCAGCAACACUGACAGGUUCCUGCUGAACCCUGGGGCAGUGUCUGAAGAGUACAUGGUCCAGUUCCGCUUCCUGGGGAUCCUGAUGGCGGUGGCCAUCCGCACCAAGAAGCCCCUGGACCUGCACCUGGCCCCAUGGGUGUGGAAACAGCUGUGCUCCAUCCCCCUGGGCGGGGCGGACCUGGAGGAGGUGGACCUGCUCACCUACCGCUCCCUGCUAGGCAUCCUGCACCUGGACAACACGGGCAUCACGGAGGACAACUUCCCUGUGAUGAUUCCCCUGGACUCGUUCGUGGCCCACAGCGCCGAUGGGACGCUGGUGCCGGUGGUCCCUGGAGGCCAGCACAUCUCCUUGAACUUCUCCAACAGGACAGAGUACGUGGAGAGGGCUCUGGAGUACAGGCUGCACGAGAUGGACAGACAGGUGGCAGCAGUGAGAGAAGGCAUGUCCACCAUCAUCCCUGUGCCCCUCCUCUCCCUACUCACGGCUCGGCAGCUGGAGCAGCUGGUCUGCGGCUUGCCGGAGGUCUCCGUGGAGAUGCUGAAGAAGGUGGUGCGCUACCGUGACAUCACCGAUGGCCACCAGCUGAUUGGUUGGCUGUGGCAGAGCCUUGAGGAGUUCACCAAUGAGGAGAGGGUCCUCUUCCUGCGCUUCGUAUCGGGCAGGUCCAGGCUGCCGUCCAACCCUGCCGACAUCACUCAGAAGUUCCAGAUAAUCAAGGUGGACAGGCCCAUCAAUGGUCUCCCCACCGCCCAGACGUGCUUCUUCCAGCUGCGCCUACCUCCCUACACCAGCCAGGCCAUACUAGCCGAGCGCCUACGCUACUCCAUCCACAACUGUCCCUCUAUAGACAUGGAUAACUACAUGCUGUCUAGGAACACAGACCCUGCGGAGGGCUCCGAUACAGAGUAUUGACUCCUCUAGUUGACACACAGGAACAGGUCAACAUGGCUCCCAUUACUUGAAAGCACAAGCUUGCAGGUUGUCUUUUUUGUUGUUGUUGACUCCUCUCUUGUUUUCCUUAUUGUUGUUAUUAUUAUUAUUAUUAAUAAUAAUGUUUUGGUGCAAUAUUCCUCUCACUGAGCACUCUGUCAGUGAGGUGACAAUAACCUUGAGUGCGUUCUGAUUGGACCUCCCUCCCAACUGUGCUCUGGUUCGCAACAUACCUUUUUGUUGUUGUUACUAAGCGUUUUAAUAAAGGAUUCAAGCCGUUUCUGCAUGGUACAGAGUUCCAUAGACUUUGUUCAAGGUCUUUUUUUUGUUUUAUCAAGACGGUGCAUACUCUACUGAAACAUUUAUUCAAGGAAAACUGCACUAAAACAUCGCCUUAAAUGGCAAGAAUUGCUAUCCCUGCUGGAGGAAAUGUGAUUCUAUCAGUGCUACUAUUGUGUAUAGAAAAGCUGUGAAUAAUGACUGUCCUUUAUUGCCAUGGCUGGCAUGAUCUGACAGAAUGUCAGGUUCUAGACUACAGUACUGUGGUACUGUGUCCUUGGCAGACGUAGAAAACAAAGUAUACACCCAUUUGUCUGGUUUAUACUGACCUUGUCAGGUUGCAGGCUUUAGAACUCAAUGUCAGAGUGACAUGCCAGCGGUAUUGAAGUGUCAAUCAAGCAAUCAUGUGACUGACACCAAUGUCGGCGAGAGUGAGGCAGUGUUGACACACUGAUAAUGGGUCGAAUCCCAAUGGAAUUUCUUUUGACUGUUAGCGGUGUGUCGGAUUUACUUAAGUUUUCAAUUGAAACAGUGGAUUUGCUAAAGCGGUGCAAACUCACUGGGCUGCACUGAGAGUCAAAUCAGGUGCACCUUGACGGAUGUGACAAACGAGUCAGUGCUGUUGCUGACAUUAGGUGUGGAAGCCAACGAGCCUCAAUCCAUGAGAAGGGACACACAUACAUUACAAACACAAUGUAUUCUGACCUGUACUAUGAAUGUAUGUCCAGCAAUGCCAUGCACAUAUGCACUCAACAGAUUAUCUUUUGCCAAAACUGUACUGUACUGUAUAAUUCUUUGUAGCUACGUGAUCAAUGGGUUUUGGCAUUUUUGGCAGUUGUGAAAAGUGUAAUGAAACAACAAAUGCUUUCCCCCUACAAGGAUGGGGGAAUAUGAGAUGUAUUUGAACACAAAAGUCAAGCUAUAGGCUGCCUAUAGAUUGGAAUUUUCAGGCUUAGUAUACCAUUUAUUUAUUUUUAAUUAUUUUUAAAGCUUGGUUUCAAACAUGCGUGGAGAGGAGAGACUCAACCACCUACUUCUGUAUUGAGGCUUCAGUGACUGUGCUGUGUGGUUUAUUAUAUAGUGUACAAUUGAGUUUUUAUAUUUAAGCAUUAUCGGGUGUUUUCCCAUGAAGGUUUUGGAAAUGUUUUCUUUCUCUUUUUUUCUGUAUUUUUUUUUUUUAACUCAAUGAUUCGAUACUCCUGACAGAGAACCUGGAUCUUUACAUAACAGUGGAAUGGAUUGUUUUGGUUGUUGUGAUGUAAAGUGUGACGCACUUUAGAACAUGUGUACACUUGCUUGUGCAGAAAAAAAAUAUAUAUUAAAGUGGAAUUCUGACUUCAAA